CCUCAAAGAGUUCUUCUUAGGAUACAUAUGCUUUAGCUAACUUUAACUCUUUUUCCCUCCUCUCUUCCUCUCUUCCUCUCUCAUGCCUUUGUUUAUUUUGACGAAGUUGUGAGCAGUGAAAGAAGAGGAGAAAGAGAGAUAUGCACAAGAGGAACCUUGGAUACCUAAAACAACAUGACUUGGUGCAAUGACCGUAACGAUGUUCAGACCGUUGAAAGAAUCAUUCCCUCCCCGACUGCGGCUGAGUCUCCCAGAGCCUCAUUACCGGUCUCAAGCCACAAAACUUGUCCUUCUUGUGGCCAUAACUUCAAGUUUCAUGAACAGGCCGGGAUCCAUGACUUGCCGGGACUGCCCGCCGGAGUGAAAUUUGAUCCGACGGAUCAAGAGGUACUGGAACAUCUUGAGGGGAAGGUAAAAGACGACGCAAGAAAGCUUCAUCCUCUCAUCGAUGAGUUCAUCCGUACUAUCGAUGGUGAAAACGGCAUCUGUUAUACCCAUCCUGAGAAAUUGCCAGGAGUGAACAAGGACGGGACUGUCCGUCAUUUUUUCCACCGGCCGUCGAAGGCAUACACGACGGGAACAAGAAAACGACGUAAAGUCCACACUGAUUCCGAAGUUGGUGGCGAGACACGGUGGCACAAAACCGGCAAAACACGGCCAGUUCUAGCCGGUGGAAGAGUGAGAGGCUACAAGAAAAUCCUAGUGCUCUACACAAACUACGGCAAACAAAAAAAGCCCGAGAAGACUAAUUGGGUAAUGCAUCAAUAUCAUCUUGGUACCAACGAGGAAGAGAAAGAAGGAGAGCUCGUCGUCUCCAAAGUCUUCUACCAGACUCAACCACGCCAAUGUGGUGGCUCAGUCGCUGCAGCAGCCACGGCUAAAGACCGACCUUACCUCCAAGGCCUCGGUGGAAGUAGUGGCCGACACCUUCAUUACCAUCUUCAUCAUAACAACAGUAACGUCAAGAGCAACGGCGGUGGAGGGGGAACGGCCGGAGCCGGUGAGUAUUAUCACAAUAUUCCGGCUCUUAUCUCGUUUAAUCAGACCGGGAUACAGAACCAUUUGGCUCAUGACUCUCAACCUUUUAUCCCUUGAAAAGAAAAUCAAAUUUUAUAUCAACGGUCGUAAAAUAAGAGAAAGGGUAUAUAAGCAUUAUACUUCAUAUUACUACAUAAACAUACAUUGAAAAUAACUUAAAAGUUACUGUGCAAACUUAAAUACGUAACUUGUUUUUCUUUUUGUCAUAA